UGGAGGAGACAAAGAGAAGAAUCUUGAAGGAGACAAAGAUGGCAAAACUCUUCUCUAAGACUUUAACGAGGUUGAUCUCUCACAGUCACAGGUCUUCUUCAUUUUCUACGACUAGCAAUCUCUCUGCUGCUCCACAAACUUCCAACCUUGAGAGCAAAUGGAUUGUUUCGGUUAAACCACCUGCAAAGAGGAGAGUAGGGUCAGUGUGGUUAUGGUACUUGGCUGCAUCCAUUAGCUACGGUAUCGGGGAGGCGUAUAAGUCCCAACAAACAGAAGUGGCCAAGAAACUUGUGGAUGUCAGACUAAAAUGCUUGGAAGCGAAACCAAGGAAGCUGAAUACAGUGAUGAAUGUGGAUGAGUUAGGAUUUCAACGGGUUGUAUGCAAAGGCGUUUUCGAUGUGAAAAGAUCAAUCUAUGUUGGUCCAAAGCCUAGAUCCAAGUCGUCUAAAGAUUCCGAAAAUGGGUUCUAUGUUAUUACACCUCUUUUGCCAAUCCCAAAUGAACCAAAUAGUGUGAAGUCCCCUGUUCUAGUAAAUCGCGGAUGGGUUCCUUCGGAUUGGAAUGAAAAGUCUCUAGAAUCUCUAGGUACUGGCAUAGUUGUUUCUACUGCAAAUGAGUCUAGAAAAGCUAAUAAUCAAAGUCUCUUGUCGAACUUCUGGUAUAAGUUUAACAACCCAAUAGUGGCUGAGGACUAUGUCUCUAGGGGCCCUAGGGCUAUGCAUGUGGAAGUGGUUGGUGUGAUUAGGAAAAAUGAAACUCCAAGCGUAUAUACUCUAGUAAAUUAUCCAAGGUCGCUUGCGUGGUUCUACCUUGAUGUUCCUAAACUGGCUCAAGCCAUGGGAUUUGGUGAGGACACAAUGUAUAUAGAGAAUACAUACAAAGUUAUGGAUGAAAGUAAACCUUAUCCAGCUUCGAGAGACGUUCAGAACUUGAUUCUUAGUAAAGAUUUACCACUGGGCUAUUACUACCACACAGUGUUAUGUUUUUGGAGCUCCAUGGGAUUUGGUGAGGACACAAUGUAUAUAGAGAAUACAUACAAAGUUAUGGAUGAAAGUAAACCUUAUCCAGCUUCGAGAGACGUUCAGAACUUGAUUCUUAGUAAAGAUUUACCACUGGGCUAUUACUACCACACAGUGUUAUGUUUUUGGAGCUCCAUGGGAUUUGGUGAGGACACAAUGUAUAUAGAGAAUACAUACAAAGUUAUGGAUGAAAGUAAACCUUAUCCAGCUUCGAGAGACGUUCAGAACUUGAUUCUUAGUAAAGAUUUACCACUGGGCUAUUACUACCACACAGUGUUAUGUUUUUGGAGCUCCAUGGGAUUUGGUGAGGACACAAUGUAUAUAGAGAAUACAUACAAAGUUAUGGAUGAAAGUAAACCUUAUCCAGCUUCGAGAGACGUUCAGAACUUGAUUCUUAGUAAAGAUUUACCACUGGGCUAUUACUACCACACAGUGUUAUGUUUUUGGAGCUUCAUUACACCUCUUAGCUAUGGAUUCUUUCAUAUUUCUAAUCAAGUGUAGGAACGUGUGACAUACUCACCUUUCAAAAAAUGGUGAUAAAAAUGAACUUAGCUAAUGUGUUUAUUUGGUUCAGGUACUCUCUUUAGUCCCAUCAUAUGAAGGCAAGUCUGUGCUGGAACUUGGAGCUGGUAUUGGUCGUUUCACUGGUGAAUUGGCUCAAAA